AUGAGAUAUGUCACUCUUGGUUGUGCCCGUGGUGGGAAGGCCCGGAAUAAGAGUUUCAAUGUCGCCAAUCCACGUCCGACAGGGAAAACUGAUUGUAAGGCAAAGAUUAAUGCCUUAAGAGUAGAGGGAAAAAUGAGGAUCACAACAGUUCACAAUGAGCAUAAUCAUGACCUCAGUCCAAAAAAAUCCCGGUUCUUUCGUUGUAACAGAGAAGUGAGUGGGGCUGUAAAAAGAGUCCUGGACACGAAUGACUUAGCUGGCAUCCGAAUGAAUAAGAGUUUUGGAUCUCUUGUCGUUGGCGCUGGUGGCUUCGAGAACCUACCAUUUUUGGAGAAGGAUUGUCGCAAUUACAUUGAUAAGGCACGACAUCUACGACUUGGUGCAGGUGGUGCUGGUGCACUUAGAGAUUAUUUUUUGAGGAUGCAGUAUAAGAGUAACGGUUUUUUUGCAUCGAUGGAUUUAGACGAUGACGGGAGACUGAAGAAUGUUUUCUGGGCAGAUCCACAUAGUAGGGCAGCCUACCAGUAUUUUGGUGAUGUAGUGACAUUCGACACUACAUACCUGACAAAUAGAUAUGUGAUGCCAUUCGCACCAUUUAUUGGUGUAAACCACCAUGGGCAGUCGAUUCUAUUGGGAGCGGGCUUGAUUUCUAGUGAGGACACGGAGACCUUUACAUGGUUAUUCCAAACUUGGUUGCAGUGUAUGGAUGGAAUAGCUCCAAAAGCCAUUAUUACUGAUCAAGACAGAGUAAUGAAAAAUGCUAUUGCCAUUGUGUUUCCAGAAAGUAGACAUAGAUUCUGCCUAUGGCAUAUACUGAAGAAAGUCCCUGAGAAGCUUGGGUCAUAUGCAGCCUAUAAAUUUGGACUAAAAAAUCACCUGAUGAAAUGUGUGUACGACACUCAAUCUGUUGAAGAGUUUGACACAUGUUGGAAUGGGUUGCUUAACACAUAUGACUUACAUGAUAAUGUUUGGUUGAAAAGUUUAUAUGUUGAUCGUGAACAUUGGGUACCGGUAUUCCUUAAAGAGUACUUCUGGGCUGGUAUGAGUACAACCCAGCGUAGUGAGAGUAUGAAUGCUUUUUUUGACGGUUAUGUUCAUGCGAGGACAAACUUGAAGGAGUUUGUCGACCAGUUUGACAGUGCGCUGAAGAAAAAGAUUAAGAAUGAAAUGAGUGCGGACUUCCACUCAUUUAGUGUCACAAUUCCCUGCAUGUCGAGAUCUCCAAUUGAAAAGAGAUUUCAAGAGUUGUACACGAAUGCAAAAUUUAGGGAAGUUCAACAGCAAGUAAUUGGUGUGCUCGACCUCGAUCCAUCUCUACUUAGAUUGGAUGGUGUAAUGAAAACAUAUUUAGUAGCAGAUGAAGUUCGUGUUGAAGAGUUCACUAAGCCGAUUACUUAUUCAGUGACAUUUAAUAAGGAAGACUGCAGUGCAAAGUGUUCAUGUGGGUUAUUUCAGAUGAGGGGGAUACUGUGUAGGCAUAUUUUGGCCAUCUUCAAAGCUAAUGGUGUAAAAUCAUUAGCAGACUAG